CCACCUGUCGUCCGCGUGUGGAAGUGCACGAAGGGCCAUUUGCAUGGUUUGCUUCAGCUCUCUUGUGCCCCCGCAGGCGAGUGGGGGCGGGAGGCGGUCUCGGCGUUCCUGCCCGUGCCUGUCCCGAAGUCCCGAUCGCAGCUGCCCUCCCCGUCACGCCUUCGGGGGAGUUGACCCGCGGGCGAUGUGGCGUUUUCUCGACAUAGCGGGCGAGUCGGGCGUUUGCUGCGGCGUCCCCUUCUAAAUCGGCGUUUAUAAGACGCGCUUGGGUUUGAGCUCUUCACGGAAACAAAUUUGGGGCGUACAAGUGAAUGCAAGACAUCGUCCAGGACUUGAAAACGGGAUUUGGUCCGUCGUGGCCCCCGGACCUGCAUUUGCCCACCCGCCCCCACCUCGGGACUCCACCCCCUUUUGUCAGCAUGGCGGCGGCCCGCGGCCACGCGCCCCGUCUCUUUGACUUCCGGUCAGCCAGCGGCCGUUUUGCGUCGUGACUGCGCGCGCGCGCGUGCGUGCCGGCGCUCAUUUCGCGUUUUAUAAUUUCGUUUCUUUUGUUUGUUUGUUUGUUUGUUUGUUUAUUUGAGCCAUGAAGACGAAGCUCGCUGAUCCCCCGCGCGCGCGCUUGAGUUGGCGGCGAGAAGAUGUCAACGAACAGUUCGGAAGCUCUCGGAACACUUUGGACCGCCACGCGAGGAGCCCAAGCGGCCGCUGACGAUGCGUCGCCAACAUUGCGGGGAGGGCGACAAGCUGCCGCCCAUCGCCAGCGUCCCGACUCGCGGGUCCGCCCCCCCGUUGCCGUCUCUGGGGACCCUCGUCGACACGCUCAACCGCAGGAGGGCUCGGGUCAGGGACGCCAACGUGGCCGCCGCGCCGUCGGGAUUCAAACACGUGCGUGACCUGCCCCCGAUCAACGGCGGCCCGACGCGUCCCGAGCGGCGAGCCUCCGUCGACACGCUGCCCCCGGAGGUCAAAGCGCCGUUCCCGAGGGAGCCCGUCGUCCCGCUGCGCACCAAAACCGCCAAAGACUUCCUCGAGGAGGCCGAACGCGCCGACCUGUCCGGCGACUGGCGUGAGGUUCGAGACUUCUACCUGACGACCUUUGACUCUUUCAUCGAGCUCAACGCCGCCUUCAAGCGGGAGGCCAACGCCCCCUUCGACACCAUCGAGGACUCGGGAGUCGACGGCGAGUUGGUGGACGCCGUGUACGACGCGCUGCUCCAGACGCCUGCCGACAUCCAGAAGUCGGUGCUGAAGGGAAUCAUCAACAGUCUUCUGCGGGAGUGGAAAGGGCCUCGGACUAAAGACGACCUGCGCGCUUACUUCAUCCUGGUCCAGAACCCUCAGUAUUCCAGCACCGGCACGUACGUGAUCUACGCUCACCUGUUGAGGCAAAUGGCCGCCCUCUCUGAGGCCGAUCAUCACUUCCUGGUGCACUGGCUGAAAAAGUUGCCGUCCCGCCGCUUCCGUCAGCCGGUGGAGCGCCUCCUGCGGUUCAUCUCGGCCCGACUUUUCCCGUCCGAGCCCGACGAGCUUCCUCCGGCCUCCAAGUGCGCCUGGUGGAUCCCGUCGGCCGCCAAAGUGCUCGCCCUCUUCAACGCGGCCAACACCGUGUCGUCUCCUCCCAUCAUGCCGUUCACCGACUUCUACAACGUGGCGCUGGAGCACAUCGACUUCAUGGAGGAGUACCGGACCUGGCAGAGCUACGGAAACUCCAGCAGGUUCUCCUUCUGCCAGUUUCCCUUCAUCGUGCCCACGGUGGUGAAGAAGGCCAUCAUCCAGAAGGACUGCGAGCAGCAGAUGAUGAUCCGGGCCCGGCAAAGCCUGGUGAGCAAAGUGUCUCGACGUCAGCGCGUGGACAUGAACCUCGUCUUCCUCAACAUCAAAGUCCGACGGGCGCACCUCCUGGCGGACUCGCUGGAUGAGUUGAGCAGGAAGCGCUGCGACCUGAAGAAGAAGUUACGCGUGACCUUCGUCGGGGAGGCGGGGCUCGACAUGGGCGGCCUGACCAAGGAGUGGUUCCUGCUGCUCGUGCGUCGGAUCUUCCACGCCGACUACGGGAUGUUCACGUACAUGACGGAGUCUCGCUGUCACUGGUUCAGCAGCUGGAAGUGCGACAACAACUAUUCUGAAUUCCAGCUCAUCGGGACCCUGAUGGGCUUGGCGGUUUACAACAGCAUCACCCUGGACAUCCACUUCCCGCUCUACUGCUACAGGAAGCUGCUGACUCCGCCCACCGCGCCGUGUGACCGGAACGCCCCCGUGGGCGUGGCGACCGCCACCUUGGACGACCUGCGGCAGAUCUCGCCGGAGCUGGCCCACGGUCUGGACGAGCUGCUGACCUUUGACGGGGACGUGGAGGAAGACCUGUGCCUCACGUUCCAGGUGUGGCGGGAGGAAAUGGGCGUGGCCAAGUCGUACAACUUGAGGCCCGGAGGAGACAAGAUUCCCGUCACCAAGCAAAACAGGAAAGAGUACGUGCAGCUGUACGUGGACUUCCUGCUGAACAAAUCCAUCCACAAGCAGUUUGCCGCAUUCUACCACGGAUUCCACAGCGUCUGCACCUCCGACGCCCUCAUGCUGCUGCGUCCGGAGGAAGUGGAGAUGUUGGUGUGCGGCAGUCCACAGCUGGACAUGAGCGCUCUGCAGAAGGCGGCGCGCUACGAAGGCUACACCAAGGGCGACGCCACCAUCAGGAGUUUCUGGGAGGUGGUGCGUUCGUUCCCGCCGGACCUUCAGAAGAAGCUUCUUCACUUCGCCACGGGAAGCGACCGCGUUCCCGUGGGAGGGAUGGCCGACCUCAACUUCAAAAUUUCCAAGAUCGACGCACCCACCGACUGGCUUCCCGUGUCGCACACGUGUUUCAACCAGAUCUGCUUGCCGCCGUAUCGCAGCCGGAAGGAGCUGAAACACAAACUCACCAUCGCCAUCUCCAACGCAGAAGGCUUCGGCCUCGAGUGACCCCGCCGACGCCCGCCCGGGCCUCCGCUUGUGACGUUAGCGCCCCUUAGUGCACUUUUUAUUUAAGAGAGAAUUUGUAUUUUGCUUUUAUUAUUUAACGCGUUGAAGCACCUGAACGAGUUAGCGUAGCGAGCGUGUCGUCCCCCCCCUCCCCCCUCCCCCCCUCGGGUGGGGGGGAUGUCAAGUUAGCUGUUAAUAGAGCUACGCUAGAUGCUAAAGAAGUCAGCAGCUAUUGUGGGACAUGUUGCGAGUCUAAAUGUGUUUGAUGUUUGACGGAGCCUUUUGAUUGACAGCUGUUAGAUGAACAGCGACGACGUUAGCUUUAGCGUUGGCUUAGCGGUCGACAGAGCAGCAAGUGUCACUGAAGCAACGACGACCGGAACCCGGCGACUCGAGCUGAAGACUGCAACCUGACCACUAGAACAGGCAACUGCAACGCGGCGACGACAAGCGUGAUCUGUCGACUUGAAACUGACUCAAAGCUGAAAACUUGUCAAAAUCCUGUGACUGCAACAUGACCGCUAGAACCAGACAUCUCGAGCCCCCCAACAAGAAUGUGACAAGCGCUACCUGACAACUUCAAACUGAGGACUUACAACAGGACUCGAACUCAGACAAAACCGCUUCAGCAGAAGCCUUCUGACUGACAGCGGCAGCACUGACUUGAGCGCUAGUUGUUGUUGCUGCGCCUGCAAUGUUUGGCUAGCCUGCUUUCCAAGGUAACGUUUGCAGCUUCCCAAGUCGGCGCUUGGCCGGGAGCCAAGUUGGCUAAUGUGGGUCAGAACCUCAACCCCCACCCUUGCCAGUGCCCCUGCUAACAACAAGCUUCUUUGUAUUUCACUCCAACAUGACCGCGCAAAACACAAGAGUCGAACCAAACCGAAAACCUGGAGACUCGAAUGUGAUAACUCAAAACUGAUGACUUGAAGCGACGCCUCAUAACCAGUACCUGGUGACGAGACGACGACGGCAACACGAUGGCCAGAACUUGACAACUGGAAGCAGAUUACUGGAACCCAACAGGUAGAAUCUGGCAACUAGAAAGUGCUGACUCGAAGCGUACAACUCGUGUCUGGUGACUAGACGCUAACAACCAGACAGCGGCAUCACAUUCCCCGAACUGACAACUCGUAAUUGGCCACCAGAAGCCCAUGACUGGAACCCACAAAGGAGAGCCUGUCAAACAAAAAGCCGCAGAUGUGAACCGCACGACUAGUACCUGCUAACUCGAAGCCAGUGACGAGAACCUGACGGCUAGAAGAAGCUGCUUACUAGAAUCCGACAAGUAGAAUCGGGUGGCUAGGUGAUUAAAAGCCCGGAACUCCAA